AUGGGGGAUGAUGUUGAGAAUCGGAAAACUGCUGGGUACAUAAAUGGUAAUAUUGAUCUAAAGAUGAAUCAUAAUCGAAAUGAAUUCCUCAUUGCCUUAAUUGUGACGCAGAGAAAAUAUCACAAGGAAGUUGAUAAGGUUGCCUUUCGCGUAGCUUACGACGCUAUUCCAGAUACUUCAAAGUUGUGGUUGAGUACGGGCAAAAUAGUGGAGGAUGUUCUUUUUGAAUUUGCUAAAGACGUGGACUAUGCAUCAUGCCAUUCCUGCAUUGUGAACCAUGACGAUGAGAAUGUCAAAUUAUUGUUCACCGAUGUGGAGUGGAAAGAAUUAACUGAAGAUCGAAUUGGAGUUCCACCUGGUGCAAAUUACGGGAAAAACGUUAGAAGAGUUAUGUAUGAUCGUGAUGACGACGUAUCAUAA